AAUUUAGAAGACUGUUCAGCUUUUUUUACUCUGUUUUUAGUUUUCAAUAACAAGAUUCUUUCAUUUUGUAAUCUCUGCAAACUAGCGUUUCCUUCUCAUCCUUUUGAGAUUAAAUUCUUAGAGUAAGACUGAGACGAAAUCAGUGAUCUUUGAAUUUGAUCCAUUGUGGGAAGUUCUUACUGUUUCUGGUAAGCUAGUCACUUUCAACCGACGAAAAAGAGAGAAGAAAUCCAAACCAAUUACGAUACAUGUGUCAAGAGACAAUGAAAUGUUGGAAUAUCUUCGGAAUCACCUGCUUGGCUCGUCUUUCAGCUCUAGGUCAAUCAAUUGUCAGUAGUAGCUAUCAUUAGGAACGCCGGCAAUAGGCAUAUUGGAAACUCAGAAACUCAGCACCCUCAAGACCCAAUAUGUCCACCCCCCUGAAAAACGCACUUCACAAUUCACAAUCAAUCAUGGGAAAUAUUGUAGGACGCCUCUUUUUCCUUCUUCUUGCGCUGGAAUUCCAGCUCCAGGCAUUCUUAAGCUCUGACUCUGCCUCCAAAACAGCUAAUGGAAUCAAGUAUCUUCCUGGGUUCGAUGGCCCGCUUCCAUUUUACUUGGAAACAGGGUAUAUUGGUGUGGGAGAAGCAGAGGAGGUGCAGCUGUUUUACUAUUUUGUUAAGUCAGAGAGGAAUCCAGAGCAAGACCCUCUCAUACUCUGGCUUACUGGAGGCCCUGGCUGCUCGUCCUUGUCUGGUCUUGCCUUUGAGAUUGGUCCUGUUCGGUUUAAAGUGGUUGAAUAUAAUGGGAGCUUACCCACAUGGGUCUUGAAUCCUGACUCUUGGACAAAGGUUUCCAGUGCAAUAUUUCUGGACCUCCCAGUCGGAGCAGGAUUCUCCUAUGCAACAAGCGAAGCCGCUUUCCGAUCAAGCGACAAAGUGCAAGCAUCCCAAGCCGUCGAAUUUAUGCGCAAAUGGCUAAAGAAACACCCAGAGUUCCAAAGAAAUCAAUUUUACAUUGGCGGGGAUUCCUAUGCAGGCAUCCCUCUACCCAUCGCGGUUCAAAUUAUUUCCAACGAAAACGAAAUGGGCAUCAAGCCGAUGUUGAAUCUCAAGGGUUACAUACUUGGGAACCCAUUGACAGAUUUCAGAAAAUUCGAGGGUAACUCACGAAUUCCAACUGCCCACGGAUUGUCACUCAUUUCAGAUGAACUUUACCAGUCACUAGAGACAAGCUGUGGGGCAGAAUAUCAGAAUGUUGAUCCUACCAAUUAUCAAUGUAUCAACAAUUUACAUGAUUUUGAUGAGUGUUUGUCAGGGCUAUACUUUGAGCACAUAUUGUAUCCAAUGUGUGGACUAGCUUCUCCAAAACCAACAAUGGAGGAGAUCCAGAUGGACAACAGGAGAUUCCUAUGGUACAAACAUAGACAACAAUCUUUGUCUAUAGAUGUUCCUACAUUUGGUUGUCCGACUUACCCUCAUCUUCUUUCCUAUUACUGGGCGGAUGAUGCAGUUGUCCGCAAAGCACUUCAUGUGAGAAAGGACACAGUGCAGAGAUGGAUACGAUGUAACUACAGGUCAGAUUACAGUAAAGAUGUCAGCAGCAGUUUUAAGUAUCAUGUCUUCCUUUCAACGAAGGGUUAUCGUUCGUUGAUCUACAGCGGGGAUCAUGAUAUGGUGGUACCAUCAAUGGGAACGCAAGCCUGGAUUAGAGCUCUAAACUACUCCAUUGUAGAAGAUUGGCGAUCAUGGCACGUGGAUGGCCAAGUUGGAGGGUAUACAAGAACAUACGCCAAUGGAAUGACAUUUGCAACUGUCAAGGGAGCUGGGCAUAUAGCAUUAGAGCACAAAUCUCACGAGUGUUCGGUUAUGUUCAAAAGGUGGAUAAAUCAAGAGCCUCUAUGAAAACAAGAGAUACAAAGAAGAAGUUCAAGUCAGUAACGGAUAAAUUGUUACAAGAAAGACUUUAUUGAGUUUAGGUAUAAAUUAAGGGAUGUCGCACUUAUAAGAAGUUGUUUUAGCCAAGAAACGACUCUCGUGUCUUGGUUCAAGCUAUGUCUGUCAGAUUUCUUCAAGGGCUGGGCUGAUUUGUGGAAGGGCGAGCAGAUCCCGGUAAUCUACGGUUCAAUUUUCAAAAUUAGUGUCUUUGUGAGGAAUAACAUGGAGAGUAAAGAUAGAGAAAAAUAAAGGGUGUGUAAAGUGAGCAGAGAAGAAAAUCCUUUAUUUGGAAGACCUAAUUCCUUUACUAUAAGCAAAAGCUUGUGUUACUGUUUUGGGCUUUGAUUGUAACUCGGAGGUUUUUGUGGGCUUGGGCUCAUAUUCAUAUCAUUGAUGCGCUGUAGGUCGGGAUAUGUCAUAUUGACAAGUCUACUAAUCGGGCUAUAGUUUGGAGUUACAGUGCACUAACAUUCCACAAUGAUAAGACAAUCUAAGCAAAAGUAGCUUAAUAGUGUAAUUAGGGAUAUGAUGUAUUUAUAAGCUUAGAAAGUAUAUUUUCCUUAGGUUCUUCUAUGGAAAAUUUCUAUUCUGGAGCCUAACAAUGAUAUCCAACACUCUGGGUUUCGAUUUGUGGCUUGAGAGCUUCGGAAACUGAGUUUUGGGCUCUUCUUGAGAAAUGGCAUGUUUAGUGUGGAUUUGGGCCGCACUUUUUCUUCUGGUCCUCCAAAAACACUGGCUGUGUUUGGGGCAAUUUUCAUUCUUCCUACCUCUAAGUCCAUCUUUGUUUGAAUCCGCACACUCUCUUUCACGUCAUAAUGACCCUCUCUGAUGCUUUGGGCUUAAAUAUCCAAAACUACCCAAAAAGGCAUCAAAUAUGUAAUAAAUACUCAUAGAGUCUAUCAAUCACACAUUUGAGAAAAUAUUAAGAAAAUACAAGUUAAAAUGGCUAAAGAUAAAACGAAUAGAUGCAAACCAUGUCAUAAAAUAAUGUGAUAAAAAUGUAUAAGUUACGUCAGUAGGCUAGAAAGAGUAAUCAAUCACAAGCGCAAACUCAAAGUUGAUAUAUUUUUACUAAACAAAACUAUGGAUACACGUGGUUCCACACCCCAAAACAAUGUGGGAUUUCUAGCCAACUAUCGAGAAGGAGUGUGCCUACAUGGUUGUUCCUCUUAUCUCGUGUGGAACUAAACUACUAGCAUUUAGGAUUGUAGAAUCGAUAGUAGUUCUCUACAACCUUUGCAAAACUUUUCACCCCUUGAGAUUCCGGAUAUCUUUACAAUGAGGCCCAAGCCCCCUAUUUAUACGAAGUCCCCAAGGCUUAAAAUCAAAACAAAGGAAAAAAAAAAUGAAAAAGAAGAACUUUGAGCUCUAAUUUUCCUACAAACUCUAUAACAUAAAUAUCACAAGAAAAAUAGACAGAUGGUGGCGACAUAAGUGCAAGUGCACAGUGUCGUACAAGUAAUAAAGUGUAAGUAAAAUU